GGCAGAGUAUGAUUCACUACGGUUCCGCUGCUCACCUGACUGACAGUCACAACUUCCCCAGGAAGUUAUUCCUGCACUGACCGUGGUAUGGACUGCUUAACGUCCUGAGGGAUCAGCCCUGGAAAAUACGAUGUGAAUACCCGUCAUGUUAGUCAAUGGCUGACCAUUUCUACGGUGUGAUGGACGACGCUGAAAUGGAGGUGGAAGCCUCCUCGAUAGGAGAAGCAGUGUCUGCUAGAGGAGAGAAUGAAUAUGUAGAAGAUGAGGAUCUUUUCUACAUCCCUGAGAGGAGACCUUCGCUGGACCUGGGGCCAAGUCCAAUGGAAGCUACCCACUGGCAUCAUGUGGUCCAGGCCUCGCCUCCAGCUCUCAGUUACUGUUCAAUGACAAGUGAGGAGACUUCAGACAACAUGGAGGGCGAGGACAGAUGCUCCACAGGGGUCGAGCUGAACAGAGCAGAUUCAUUUUCCAGCUGCUACUCCUUUGACAGUGACGACUGUGAGAAGAGAAAGCCAAGCGGCCUCACCAGGGAUAAAGCCGAAGAGGAAGCUGCCUCGGAGCUCACGGACACACCUGAGUUAAUGACAGACCCAAAUGAGAUAAGGCAUCCUUCUCUGACAGUGGCAUUCACUUUAAAGGCUAUUUGUAACACCCUUGGGAAGUUGUCAAAAGGUGACAUACAGAAAUUCAAGGGGAUGCUGUGGAAGCGUUACCCACAGUCUUUUAACACUCAUCCACAAAGCAUGGACUUGUUGGACCUCGUGGACCGGCUUCUCGAGUGUUACAGCCUGGAGGUCUCUAUGCAGAUCACCAAAACCCUUCUGCAGGAAAUCGGGUUUAAGAAGUUGGUUAAUUAUCUCCAGACUUUGUGCAUCAGAAAUGAGGUGCGUCAUGAUUUAAGCGACACUCUGAAGAGGAAAUACGGCAAAGCAUGUGAGGAUUUGAACACACAGGGAGAGAGGAGGUCCUUUGAUGACAACUUUGCCAAUCUCUACAUGACCACAACGUGUGACAAUGGUCCGAAUAUAGAACAUGAGGUCUUGACUAUAGAGAAGUUGGACAGCAACCGGGAAGAAGGGAAACUGCUUUCUACAAAGGAUAUUUUGAGCCCUGAGAAGCUGAAGCAGACCAACUUGAAGUCUAUGUUUAUCACAGGAGUGGCUGGGUCAGGGAAGUCUACGGCGAUGAGACGACUGAUCCUGGACUGGAUUGAAGAGCGUUCACAUCAACACGUGUCUUUCCUGUUUCCUUUUACUUUCAGAGAACUCAAACAGUUCGAGGGUUGUAACGUCUCCCUGUUGGAAAUCAUACAAACAGUCUACCCAGAGACAAAAAAACUGAGGGAUGAGGAAUAUAGAUCUGAGGACUGCAAAAUCAUGUUUGUCUUUGACGGACUUGACGAGUACAACGGAAACCUUGACUUUCAGCACACCGAGCUUCUCUGUGACCACACGGAUUCCACCACUCUGAACGUCAUUGUAGUCAACCUCCUCAGAGCGAGGCUUCUCUACCGCGGCCUCUUCAUCGUCACUUCUCGCCCGCUAGUGAAGUGUUGCAUUCCCUGGGAUGCACAUUAUGACGAGAUGGAGCUACGAGGUUUCCGUGAUCCUGAUAAGAACGAGUACUUCCGGAAAAGAUUUCAGGAUCCAGAUCAAGCAGCUCGUGUGAUCGCAUAUAUCGAUUCUCUGAAAACGCUCCGCAUCAUGUGCCACCUGCCCUUGUUUUGCUCGCUUGUGGCUGAUGAAUGCCAGUGCAUCUUUACAAAGCGGGGGACGCAUGCAGAGCUGCCCCGAAGCAUCACCCACAUGUACACAAAGCUGCUGCUAACACUCACACGUCAGCAUCGCAUAUUCAGAGCUCCAGAUCUUGACCCAGAAAGAGAGAGAGACUUCCUCUUAAAACUGGGGAAGUUGGCCUUUAGCAUGUUGGAACGAGGCCAGUUCAAGAUCACAAAGUCUGACUGGAAGGAGGUUGGAAUCAGUGAUGAAGAGGCGGUGACUAACAGCGGGCUUUGCACACAAUACAUCACACAACCAUUUGUGUUGCUGUCGGAGAAAGUCCUCAGCUUCAUCCACCCCACCAUGCAGGAGUAUCUGGCUGCCCUUUACGUGUUUCUCUCCUUCAGAAACCAGGGGAAGAACAUUUUCGAGCAGCCACUGAAACACAGGGUCAGGGGGCUGUUGAAGGGGCACAAGAUGAUGGAGCUGUACAAGAGCGCGUUGGACAGAAGCCUGCAGUGCAAAGAUGGCAAACUGGACAUUUUUAUGCGCUUCCUGUUUGGAAUGGCAACCAAGACCAACAUGGAACUUCUCCAGACGUUCUGCACGUCCCCUGUGAAGUGGCCAACAGUCAUUGAAGAUGUGGCAGCCCUUAUCACAAAGAAGAUCAGAGAAAAUCAUCACCCUGGAAGGACAAGCAACUUACAGUGCUGCCUGGAGGAGCUGGGCAUGUCAGCCACAGAGGCUGCCUCAAGUUGAUCUAAGUCCAUAACCACCGUGUCGAUUUAUUACAAAUAGACUUCCAAUAAUUUCAAAGGCUCACUUUUUAAAAGUGAGCCUAUCGCCAUGGAGAAACAUUUGUCCUUUAUAACAAACAUGUGCACUAAAGAAGCCUUUAAGCAAAACACACCAUGCAUGUGGGAUGUGUAAAGGAAAUUGAGGUUGUGAGUGUGUGUUUGAUUGUGUGUCAUGGGUUGAACAGUUUUAAGUUGUUUAUGAUGAAUGCUUCUAUUUUUUUUAUCUGCGAUAUAUAAUUACUAUUAUUAAAAAAUCUGAUCGCAAUAAUCUGAAUUUGAAUUUGAAUUUCCCUCGGGAUCAAUAAAGUAUCUAUCUAUCUAAUGCUUUAACUGAUUGAUCUGGCUGUGGGAAUCAUGUCCUCAAAUAUCUUGUUUUGUUUACAAACUAUAUUUUGAACUGUCAUUCAUAAAUAUUCUUUUAUACUCUACUUUGUAAAAAAAAAAAAAAAAAAAAA